GAGGAAAAGGCAGCUUUCUCCAGCUCGGGGCUCAGCGGAGUGUAGACACUCCCCCGACCCUCCCCCGACACCUCUCUACUCUCACCCCCAGCAGCUGCUACCGCCGGCUUGCCGCCGGUUGCCACGAAAACCCGGAACAGCUGCGUGUGAUCACGGAAAGUCCUCCUAGGGGCGACGCUGGGGAGCUGGGCAUGCUCAGUAGCUGGGGGAGGCUUGGGUGGAGAGUAGAAAGCUUUGGCUGCGCCUCCCACCCCCUCCCGCCGGCCCCCGCCCCCUUGCCCCUACCCAGACCGUAGUAGUUGCCCGGCGUGCGCCCGGGGAGACCGGGAACAUGGCGCUCCUAGCGAUGUAGCAGCCGAGGCGGCGAAGGGGAUGAGGCACCGCCGUCUCGCUGACAGCCAGCCACCAGAAGAACACUGGCAAAAUGCUUCCACCUGUUGCCAAAAUGAACGCUGAGGAAAAAUGAAGAACACUGAAGAACUCCAACGAAAAGUUGCAGAACAGAAAUAGCCACACUCCUUGGGAGUCUGAUUCAUCCAUAGCCAUCAUACAAAGGUAUUUGCAUCAUGUUUGGAAAGAAAAAGAAAAAGAUUGAAAUAUCUGGCCCAUCCAACUUUGAACACAGGGUUCAUACUGGGUUUGAUCCACAAGAACAGAAAUUCACUGGCCUGCCCCAGCAGUGGCACAGCUUGUUAGCAGACACUGCCAACAGGCCGAAGCCCAUGGUGGACCCUUCGUGUAUCACACCCAUCCAGCUGGCUCCCAUGAAGACAAUCGUUAGAGGAAACAAACCCGGCAAGGAAACCUCCAUCAACGGCCUUCUGGAGGAUUUCGACAACAUCUCCGUGACUCGCUCUAACUCCCUAAGGAAAGAAAGCCCGCCCACUCCGGACCAGGGCGCCUCCUGCCAUGGUCAAGGCCACCGCGAAGAAAACGGCUUCAUCACCUUCUCACAGUAUUCCAGCGAAUCGGAUACCACCGCUGACUACGCCACGGAGAAGUAUCGAGAAAAGAGCCUCUAUGGAGACGAUUUGGAUCCGUUUUACAAAGGCAAUCAAAAUGCGGCCAAUCAAAAUGGGCACGUGGUGAAAAUGAAACACGGGGAAGCCUACUAUUCUGAGAUGAAGCCUUUGAAAUCCGAUAUGGCCAGAUAUCCCGUUGAUUAUCACGCCCACUUGGACUCACUGAGCAAACCAAGUGAAUACGGUGACUUUAAGUGGGGCUACCAGAGAGCCUCCAGCAGCUCCCCUCUAGAUUACCCGUUCCAGUUCACGCCUACUAGAACUGCAGGGACCAGCGGGUGCUCCAAGGAGAGUCUGGCUUACAGCGAAAGUGAAUGGGGACCCAGCCUGGAUGACUACGACAGGAGGCCAAAGUCCUCGUACCUGAAUCAGACGAGCCCUCAGCCGGCCAUGCGGCAGAGGUCCAGGUCAGGCUCGGGGCUCCAGGAACCGAUGAUGCCCUUCGGAGCAAGUGCAUUUAAAACCCACCCCCAAGGACACUCGUACAACUCCUACACCUACCCUCGCUUGUCAGAGCCCACAAUGUGCAUUCCAAAGGUGGAUUAUGAUCGAGCACAGAUGGUCCUCAGCCCUCCACUGUCAGGGUCUGAUACCUACCCCAGGGGUCCCACCAAACUACCUCAAAGUCACAGCAAAGCAGGCUAUUCCUCAAGUAGCCACCAGUACCCGUCUGGGUACCACAAAGCCACCCUGUACCACCACCCCUCUCUACAGACCAGCUCACAGUACAUCUCUACAGCUUCUUACCUGAGCUCUCUCAGCAUCUCAUCCAGCACCUACCCCCCACCCAGCUGGGGCUCCUCCUCAGACCAGCAGCCCUCCAGGGUGUCCCAUGAACAGUUUCGGGCUGCUCUGCAGCUGGUGGUCAGCCCAGGAGAUCCCAGGGAAUACUUAGACAACUUUAUCAAAAUCGGGGAAGGGUCGACCGGCAUUGUGUGCAUCGCAACUGAGAAACACACGGGCAAACAAGUUGCCGUGAAGAAAAUGGACCUCCGAAAGCAGCAGCGACGAGAACUCCUUUUUAAUGAGGUUGUGAUAAUGCGCGAUUACCACCAUGACAACGUGGUCGACAUGUACAACAGCUAUCUUGUCAGCGAUGAGCUCUGGGUGGUCAUGGAAUUUCUAGAAGGUGGUGCCUUGACAGACAUCGUUACUCAUACCAGAAUGAACGAAGAACAGAUAGCUACCGUGUGUCUGUCGGUUCUAAGAGCUCUCUCCUACCUGCACAAUCAAGGAGUGAUUCACAGGGACAUAAAGAGUGACUCCAUCCUCCUGACAAGCGAUGGUCGGAUAAAGUUAUCUGACUUCGGUUUCUGUGCUCAAGUUUCCAAAGAGGUGCCGAAGAGGAAAUCAUUGGUCGGCACUCCCUAUUGGAUGGCACCUGAGGUGAUUUCUAGGCUACCUUAUGGGACAGAGGUGGACAUCUGGUCCCUGGGGAUCAUGGUGAUAGAAAUGAUCGAUGGUGAGCCUCCCUACUUCAACGAGCCUCCACUCCAGGCCAUGCGGAGGAUCCGGGACAGUUUACCUCCAAGAGUGAAGGACCUACACAAGGUUUCUUCAGUGCUCCGGGGAUUCCUAGACCUGAUGUUGGUGAGGGAGCCCUCGCAAAGAGCCACAGCCCAGGAACUCCUCGGACAUCCAUUCUUGAAACUGUCAGGUCCACCGUCUUGCAUCGUUCCCCUCAUGAGACAAUACAGGCAUCACUAAGCAGAGGAUUCGUGUAGGUGGCAAAGCUAGAUGAGGACAUGAGAAUAAUUCAGGAGAACACAAAAAACCAUAGAACAUGCAAAAGGCCUGUGCAUUCUAACCAGCUGAUUGGUGGGACAGUGUGAUGACCGGCAGGGUUCAAAAGACCAGGGCAUCUUCUUGUGUCUUAAACAGGCAUCUCUCCACUAACAGCUGGUGUGAUCAUUUGGAACACGGCUUUAAUAAGUCAUUAUUAUAUUUUUCAGCCCUUCAUCCAGCAAAUCAGAAGGACUCAGUACAAACUCCGUUAUGAUAUAUCCUAGCCACAUGCAGGGUAACGCAUAGAAUUUUCUAUAUUGAAAGAAUACUUUUCUGGCAAAAAAAAAAAAAAAAGAAGAAAAAGAAAGGAAAACAAAAAGCACUUUUUUCUUAAUGGUAGCAGUGUAAUGUAUUUUGCAAUGAAUUUGUAAUUUUUCUGUACGAUAGUUUUGAUAAUUUAUAGUACUUUGAUGUCACGUAGCCAUUGUAUCAGUUGAAGUACUACUUGUUUACUAGCAAGAGUUUGAACAAAGCCUUUCCUACUUUUUUACCCCUUUCAGAGUACCAACAAUUCUUUAGGAACUUUGAAUACUGAAUGACUCUCAAUCACCGUCAGCUUUAGUAGAAUACCUUUCUUAUCUUAACAAGUGUCUUAUGUGAUGGAAGAAGAAUUUAGAGUGAUGGUGAUGGUGGUGCACAUUUCAUUUAUCCAACCAAAAAUAAUAAAAUAAAAUUUGAGCCACCAAAUUACUCCUUGGGAUAAAGCUAAAUAUUUUUGAAAAAUCACAUUUUCUUUCGAGGCUAUUAGUCACAAACCAGUUUUUACACAGCAGGAUGUUUCCCCUUGUGCCCUCUCUCAAAUGGGUACGACAUCCUCUUGUAGCCAAAUUUCCCUCCCAAGGAACAAUUUCAGUCUAGGAUCAUUGGACUCUAUUGAAUGUUUCAAUAAGGCCGUGAGAAUUCCAGUCUCACAAAGAGAAAGAAGAGAGAACAGGGCAAGAUGUUUGGUUUCGUUUGUCACUGUUUUUAAAACUCUGUAUGCUAGCACACCAAACUCUUGUCUGUAUUUACCUUUGUACCACAGUAUUAAUUGCUAUUGUUCAUGUAUUGUGAUGGAAGUCUGAACAGGACUCUAGAGGAUGAAUUAAUUAGGAAGGGGGUAUUUUACCAGGUGUGACCUGACUUCAGUUGUGACCAUGUUAUAAUGUGUUUCUGACAUAGGAGAGUUGUGCUGCUGACUAGAUCUUCUUGAAUGUUGAUAAAAAUGAAUGACUACUACAAUACAUUUUGUGUUGCUUGUUGGAUGAAUUUGCAUGUUAACUGUAGGCCAAUAUAGAUUUGCCUUUAAAACUCUGAAAGAGCUACAUAGUCAUCAUUAGUUUCUAUUAAUUAUGCAUCAGACAAAAGCCAUUUGCUACGAACCUGGAAAACCAGAGGCUUUUCUUAAUGACUUCACAUACUGUAAUAAAUAUGAAUUUAAAUUUAUCAAAAUGCUCUGGUUGCUCUAAGCAUAAUUAAGAAUUUUUGUAAUUAAUAGGUUGCUAAUUAUUUAUUAUAGUUAAAAGGAAAAAAAGGCAUAAAAUGACCUUCUACUGAUUAGAUUUUCAGUCUUCCCCCCAUCCCAACUGGAAAUGCCUCACCAUAAAUAGGAUCUGUAAUUUUGUUUCAUAAAACGCAACAAAUUGAUGCUUUAUGUAAAAUAUUAAAAUAUUAAUAUAAGUAUGUAAGAAUAAAAACAAUCUAAAUCCAGAAAGUGGUAGUGCUAAAAGUUCAUGGAACAGACUGUAUUAAUUUAGCCAGGACUAUGUAGUAGAAAGAAAAGAAAAAGAGAAUCUCUUUUUAACCAGAACAAAUAUUGAAACCAUUGCAGAAAAUAGUGGAUUUUGGAUUCCAAACAUUUUUGACAGUGUAAUGGAAAUUUUUCUGUAAUUUUCUUAUCACUGGGUAUUUUUUAAAGUGUUCAUUGAGUUUACCAAAACUUACUGUAGCUUAAAAGGUUUUGUGAGCACUAACUAUUGGCAGAAACUGCACUUGCAAAUAAAAAUAAAUGUUUGC